GCCAACAAGGGUUUGCUGCCCGACGUUUAUGUUAAUCUUAUGCUAAGGGUGGCAUAAAUGACGGGUGUAAUCAUGGAAGAUAUAUAUUGGGACAAUUUUCUCGCAUCAGAUGAAGCUAUAUGAGUUUAGAGGAGAGCCACUGCGUGUGUCUCCCUCUCUCUCACACCGAGCCCCCUCCUCCUCCGCUGGCAAUUUAUAAAGAACAAAAAAUUCGACUACGGAGGGGGUUGAUACGCCGAAGCUGAAAUCGAGAGGCGAACCCAGGAAAGGAGUAUAUUGUACACGCGACUUUCCCCCCCUUCGUCCCCCAAAAGGAGGGGGAAAAGUCAGAAUUGUGGAAUCGAAAAGGAAAAUAAGGUUCAAAAGACGUGAAAACGUCUUCCGUUGUGGAUACCGUAUAUCUUUUUAAUUCGAAAAAAUAUGGCCGAGAACGUUCUGGACUCUGGCCCGCCUUCAGCCAAGAGGCCUAAACUAUCCUCUCCGGCACUGUCUGUCUCCGCCAGCGAUGGAAACGAUUUCGGCUCGUUGUUUGACCUGGAGCAUGACCUCCCAGACGAGCUUAUCAACUCCUCAGAGUUGGGCCUGGUCAAUGGCGGGGACCUCAGCCAACUGCACACCAGCCUGGGAGGUGGGAUGGGACCUGGGGGGGGGGGUGGCCAGGACGCGGUGGCCAAGCACAAGCAGCUCUCCGAGCUCCUUCGGUCAGGCGCUCCACACGCCUCCACCCAGCAGGGCGCAGUGGGCAGCACAGGCGGGGCCAGCAUGGGCCACCUGGGAAACAUGAAGGUGUCCCCUGGGCCCCAGGGCAUGGGCCAGCAGCAACACCUCUCACCCCAGCAGCAGGCCAGCAUGAUGCAGCAGCAGGCGGGGAUGGUGGGCAGCAUGAAUCGGGGAAUGAUGGGGGCCCAGAAGGGCAACGGACAGCAGCAGCAAUCCAUGAUGGGUGGGCAGGUGAUGAACGGAUCCCCCAGGAUGGGCUUCUUGAACCAGGGGAUUGGGGGGAACAGUAACCUGCUGGCUGAGACUCUGCAGCAGCAACAGCAGCAGGGGGCUGGUGGACAGGCUGGACUCAGAGUACAGCAACCUGGAGCAAUGAACAAGAUGGGUAUGAUGGGUAACCCGAGUUCCUAUGGAGGCCCCUAUGGAGGGCAGCAGGCAGGCCAGGGCCUGGGGGGAGCAGGGCUGGGCCCUCCGCUCCAGAACAAAGGCUCCAUGCCCAACAGCCUGGCCCAGUUCAACAUGGACAAGAAGAGCCAGCCCAUGCAGGGCAUGUCUGUCAUGGCCCCCCAGCAGUCCGCUGCAGGUGUGGGCGGUGGAGCCGGAGGCACUGCAGGGAUGGUCCCCAACGCCCAAGGAGGCCUGGGGCCCGCCGUGUCUGUAGCCGCAGCUGCCGCAGCAGCCGGGGCGCCCCCUACGGCCGACCCUGAGAAGCGCAAGCUUAUCCAGCAGCAACUAGUGCUCCUGCUACACGCACACAAGUGCCAGCGGCGGGAGCAAGCCAACGGGGAGGUGCGCCAGUGCAACCUGCCACACUGCCGCACCAUGAAGAACGUCCUCAACCACAUGACCCACUGCCAGGCUGGCAAGUCUUGCCAAGUGGCUCACUGUGCUUCAUCCAGACAGAUCAUCUCUCACUGGAAGAACUGUACACGGCACGACUGUCCGGUCUGCCUGCCGCUCAAGAACGCUGGGGACAAGAGGAACCAGCAGUCUCUGCUAGGAGGUGCUGGUGUAGGUCUGGGUAGUUCCCUGGGCUCAGUGCCCGGAGGUCAGCCCAGCGCCCCAAACCUCAACCCCCCCAGCCAGAUCGACCCCAGCUCCAUCGAGAGGGCCUACGCCGCCUUGGGCCUCACUUACCAGGGCCUGCAGAGCCAGCCCAACCAGGCUUCUCUGCCCUCACAGGGCCUGCAGAGCCAACCAGGCAUGAGGCCGCUCAAUCCCAUGGGGGGUAACCCGAUGGGAGUGAAUGGAGGUGUGGGUGUUUCACCCCAGAACCAGCAGGCCAGCCUGCUACAGGACACCAUGCUACACCUCAACAUGAACUCCCAGGGUCUGAUGAGUGAUGUGGGUGGGACGGGUAACAUGGGAUGCAUGCCCACGGCGACCCCACCCUCAGCAGCGGGCAUGAGGAAGAGCUGGCACGAGGACAUCACCCAGGACCUGAGGAACCACUUGGUGCACAAACUGGUACAAGCCAUCUUCCCGACCCCAGACCCUGCUGCUCUGAAGGACAGGCGGAUGGAGAACCUAGUGGCGUAUGCUAGGAAGGUGGAGGGGGACAUGUAUGAGUCUGCCAACAGCAGGGCGGAGUACUACCACCUGUUGGCUGAGAAGAUCUAUAAGAUCCAGAAGGAGUUGGAGGAGAAGAGGCGGACGCGGCUCCAGAAGCAGGAUGGUCCCCUCCCUGACCACUCUCUGGUGCGGCCCGGUGGACCCAACCAGAUGGUUAAUAGGAUGCAGAACCCUGCAGGUAUGAACCAGUUCAAUCAGAUGGGGAUGCAGUCUAUGGGUCAGAGGUUGACCCCUCCUCUCCCCCUCACACCCAUCAACCAGAUGGGCAUGGGGAACCCCAGGAUGGGCCAGCCCAACGUGGGCCAGAACCAGUACCUGCCCCAGGGACAGUUCCCAGGCCUCGGCACGGGUCAGCCCGGCAUGGCACAGCCUGGCAUGAACCAGCAAGGCAACCAGGGAGGCAUGGCACAGCCUAGUAUGAACCAGCAAGGCAACCAGGGAGGCAUGGCACAGCCUAGUAUAAACCAGCAAGGCAACCAGGGAGGGAUGGCACAGGUGAGAGAGACUCAGAUACCCAUUCCUUCCCCUCUCCCCGUCAACAGCCCUCUAGCUGGGCCCGGCUCGGUCGGAGGGGGUAGUGGUGUCCCCUCGGUGGGGCCCAUGGGUCCCCAGAGUGUGGGUGGAGGCCCCUUGUCCAACCUGCCCCUGUCCAACAACCCCCAGCAGCCCAACUCCAUCCCCCACCUCGCGGCCAUGCGCCAGAGUUCGCCCUCCCCCGCCCGCAGUCUUACCCCCACACCCCACCAAACGCCACCCAGGCUAGCUGGCUCACAGACCCCCCAGCCCCACACCCCCAAUCCGUCCCAGCUGGCCCCCCCAGGCCUUCAGCAGCAGCUAGGGCCCGGCAGCCAGGGACCAGGCUCCAACAAGCCCAUGCAGCAGGGGAUGGGGGUGGGGUCCACCACCCCAUCGCACCCUGCUCACGCCUCCACAACCCCCAACCCCCAUGGAGGCCAGCUCCCUCGCACGCCUCGCACUCCGAUGUCCCAGAAGGGCGGCUACCAGCCCCAGGACGGUCAGGCUCUGACCCCAGCGUCGGUCAGCAGUGCGGACACAGCCUCCCAGCAGGCCUCCCAUUCGGAUGCCUCGGCCUCCGUGGACCCCAAGACGGAGGUCAAGCAGCAGCAGGACGAGGAGGACGACGGGGAGGAAGGCUGCUCCAAGGGGGGGAAGUUAUCCAACGUCAAUAUGGAGAACAAACCCAUCAAAAUGGAGGGGGUGAAGAAAGAGGAGUGUGGGGGCAAAGGUGUUCCCAUGGAAACGUCGUCAUUGGUGGGGGUAAAGAGUGAAGAUAGGGUGAAGACUGAAGACCGGAAGCCGGAGGUGAAGAAGGAGCUAAAAGAGGAAGAGAAGGGGUCCGAGUCCCCUGGUACACCGUCUGGUGCCCAGAACAAGAGGAAGAUCUUUAAGCCAGAGGAGCUGCGCCAGGCCCUCAUACCCACCCUGGAAUCUCUAUACAGACAGGACCCAGAGUCUCUGCCCUUCAGACAGCCUGUGGACCCUCACCUACUGGGCAUACCUGACUACUUUGACAUAGUGAAGACCCCCAUGGACCUGUCCACUAUAAAGCGUAAGCUUGAUACGGGUCAGUACCAGGAACCCUGGCAGUAUGUGGACGACAUCUGGAUCAUGUUAAACAACGCCUGGCUAUACAACCGCAAGACGUCCCGUGUCUACAAGUACUGCUCCAAACUGGCUGAGGUGUUCGAGGCCGAGAUAGACCCCGUCAUGGUCAACCUGGGCUACUGCUGUGGUCGGAAGUUGGAGUUUUCUCCCCAGACGUUGUGCUGCUAUGGGAAGCAGCUGUGCACUAUACCCCGGGACGCUGCCUACUUCAGCUACCAGAACAGUUCACCAAAAUUUGGGCUUCUUGCUGACAGGUACCACUUCUGUGAGAAGUGCUUCAACGAAAUCCAGGGGGACAACGUGUCCCUAGGAGACGACCCCUCCCAGCCUCCGACUUCCAUCGGUAAAGAUCAGUUUGAGAAGAAGAAGAAUGACGCAUUGGACCCAGAAUUGCUUGUGGAAUGUAUGGACUGUGGACGUAAGAUGCACCAGAUCUGUGUCCUGCACAACGACACUAUCUGGCCAUUAGGUUUUAAUUGUGAUGGCUGCUUAAAGAAGUUGAAUAAGACACGUAGAGAGAACAAGUAUGCCGCCAAAAGGUUGCCCCACACUAAGCUGGGCUGUUAUUUGGAGACGAGGGUGAAUGACUUCCUGAAACGUCAGAGCCACCCUGAGUCGGGUGACGUCACCAUUCGAGUCGUCCACGUCUCUGACAAGGUGGUGGAGGUCAAACCAGGCAUGAAGUCCAGGUUUGUGGACACUGGGGAGAUGUGUGAGUCAUUCCCAUAUAGAACGAAAGCCCUGUUUGCCUUUGAGGACAUCGAUGGCGCUGACGUCUGCUUCUUCGGCAUGCAUGUACAGGAGUAUGGCUCGGACUGCCCUCCUCCCAAUCAGAGACGAGUGUACAUCUCGUACCUGGACAGUGUUCACUUCUUCCAGCCUCGUUCUUUGAGGACGGGUGUCUACCAUGAGAUUCUCAUUGGCUACCUGGAGUAUGUCAAGAAGCUGGGGUACACGACAGGUCACAUCUGGGCAUGCCCACCUAGUGAAGGGGACGACUACAUUUUCCACUGUCACCCUAUGGACCAGAAGAUCCCCAAGCCCAAGAGGCUACAGGAGUGGUAUAGGAAGAUGCUGGACAAGGCUGUGGCGGAGCGCAUAGUGCACGACUUCAAGGACAUCUUCAAGCAGGCCACGGAGGACCGUCUGACCAGUGCCAAGGAGCUGCCGUACUUUGAGGGGGACUUCUGGCCCAACGUGCUGGAGGAGAGCAUCAAGGAGCUGGAGCAGGAGGAGGAGGAGAGGAAGAGAGAGGAAAACAGCACUUCCAACGAGAGCGUAGAUGCCACGAAGGGCGACAGCAAGAACGCCAAGAAGAAGAACAGCAAGAAGACUUCUAAGAAUAAGAGCAGUAUGAGCCGAGCCAAUAAGAAGAAGCCAGGCUUGCCCAACGUGUCCAAUGACCUCUCUCAGAAACUCUACGCCAGCAUGGAGAAGCACAAAGAGGUAUUCUUUGUGAUCCGUCUGAUAGCAGCGCCCAUGUCCAACACGCUGGGCCCCAUCACAGACCCCGACGGCCUGAUGGCCUGCGACCUGAUGGAUGGGCGCGACGCCUUCCUCACCCUGGCCCGGGACAAACACUUGGAGUUCAGCUCGCUGCGCAGGUCCAAGUGGAGCUCCAUGUGCAUGCUGGUGGAGCUCCACAACCAGAGCCAGGACCGCUUCGUCUACACCUGCAAUGAGUGCAAGGGCCACGUGGAGACGCGCUACCACUGCACUGUCUGCGAGGACUAUGACCUGUGCAUCACCUGCUACAAUACUAAGGGCCACAUCCACAAGAUGGAGAAGCUGGGUCUGGGCCUGGACGACGAGAGCAACAACGCAGCCUCCUCAUCCAUUGCCAACCCCGGGGACUCGCGGCGCCUCAGCAUCCAGCGCUGCAUCCAGUCUCUGGUCCACGCCUGCCAGUGUCGCAAUGCCAACUGCAGCCUACCGUCCUGCCAGAAGAUGAAGCGUGUGGUGCAGCACACCAAAGGUUGCAAGCGCAAAACCAACGGCGGCUGCCCCAUCUGUAAGCAACUCAUCGCUCUCUGCUGCUACCAUGCCAAGCACUGCCAGGAGAACAAGUGUCCCGUACCGUUCUGUCUGAACAUCAAGCACAAGCUGAGGCAGCAGCAGCUCCAGCAUCGACUCCAGCAGGCCCAGAUGCUGCGGAGGAGGAUGGCCAGCAUGCAGAGGGUGGGUCAGCCACCUCCGGGACCGGGGGGAAACGGUGGACUACCAUCUCCGGGAAACAACGUCACCACAGGGCCCAGCACCCCCAUGUCUGUGGGCACGCAGCCCCUCACGCCUCAGACCCCAACCCAGGGGAACAUGCCCCAGCAGGGGAUGGGCCAGGGCCCCGCAGGGCAGCAGCAGGGCAGCAUUCCCCAGCAGCACCACAUGCAGCACCAGUUCCAGCAGCAGAUGCAGCUGCAGCAGCAGGGGGGAGGGGGAAUGAUGAACUCUCCUCAGCAGCAACAGAUGGUCCAACAGCUUCAACAGCAGCAACAGGGCCAGUCUCCAAAUGUCCAGCAGAUGCAGCACCCAGGAGGUCUGCCCCCCUACACCCCCAGACCUCCAGGAGCCUCGCCCCUCCACCAGUCCCUGGGUAAACCUGGUCUGGGCCCAGCCACCCCUCCACAGCAGCAGACCAACCCUAGCCAGGGUUCCAUGCCCCAGGGGCAGCAGCAGCAGGGGCCUCCUCCGGCAGCGGUGGAGAUAGCGUUGAAGAUCCAGCGUGUGGCAGAGACUCAGCGUCAGAUGGCCCAGGCCCAGGCCCAGAUCCUCCAGAGGCAGCAGGCGGCCCAGGGUGGAGGCAUGAUCCCCCCUCACCACCAGAACCCCCAGGCCCAGAUGCAGAGCAUGGCCCACCCAGGAGCAGGCAUGGUAGGGCCCCAGGGUCUGGCAGGGAGGACCUUGAUGGAGCAGCAGGGGAUGGUGGUAGGGCCAGGAGGCAUGCAGCAGCAGUCCCAGAUCCCCCCUCAGGUUCAGCUCCAGCAGCAGGCCCGACUUCAGAACCCCAACCAACAGCAGUGGGGAGGCCCUGGUGGGAUGACCCCCCAGCAGAGGCAAGGCAUGAUGGGACAGAUGGGUCACCUGACACUGCAGCAACAACAGCAGCUUGCCCAGCAACAACAACAGCAGCAGCGGCAGCUUGCCCAGCAACAACAACAGCAGCAGCAACAGCAAGGUCAGCCCCAGCAACAACAGCAGGCAGGGCAAGGGGGGUUAAUGGGGUUGAUGGGACUUCAAGGCGGCGUGGCUGGGGCGGCGUCGGCAAUGGUGGGGACAGGGAACCUCCCUCAGGCAGCUCUACAGGACCUCCUGCGUACCCUUCGCUCUCCCAGCUCCCCCGGCCAGCAGCAACAGGUCCUCAACAUCCUCCGCUCCAACCCCCUCCUCAUGGCUGCCUUCAUCAAGCAGCGAGCUGCCCGAUACCAGGGAGGUCCAGGGGUGCCUGGGGCACCGGGAGGAGGCCCAGGAGGGGGGCCUGGAGGUGUGCGGUUCCAGGGGGCCCCUGGUGGGGUAGGAGUUGGGCCUGGUGGUAACCAGGUUGUUAUGGAUGGUCAGCAGGUCAACGUAAACCCUGGAGCGGCCCAGGCAGGUAUGAACAUGGGCCAGGGAGGAGGAAAUAUACCCACUAUGGCUCAGCUACAGCAGUUGCAGCAGCAGCAGCAACUACAACAACAGCAACAGCAACAACAGCAACAGCAACAACAACAACAGCAGCAACAGCAACAACAACAACAACAGCAGCAACAGCAGCAACAACAACAGCAGCAACAACAACAGCAGCAACAACAGCAGCAACAACAACAGCAGCAACAACAGCAGCAACAACAACAACAGCUGCAGCGCCCUCUCUUGCCUGGGAGUUUGCAGCAACAGCAGCAAAUGGCAGCGCCUCAACCGCAGCAACAAGGCGGUAUGCCAGGCCAAGGCACCCCAAUGUCCAACAUGACUCCCCAGUUCAGAGAGAUUCUGAUGCGAAGGCACCUGCAGCAACAACAGCAGCAGCAGCAGCAACAACAACAGUUGAGUAACAAUGGUCAGUUCCAGCAGCCCCCCCAACAGCAGCAGGGUCAGGGCCAGCAGGGCUUCAUGCAGCAGGGCCAGCCUGGUCAACCUGGCCAGACCCAGUCUGGGGGAGGAGGGCCGCAGCAGGGGGGGGGCCAGGGGCCCCAGUCGGGUCCCGGGCAGGGCCAGCAAGGGCAGGGCUACCCUGGAACCAUGUCCCAGCAGGUAGCCACAGCCCUGCAACAGAGGCUGCAGCACCAGAUGCAGAUGCAGCAGAUGCAGCAACAGGAUGGUGGGGGGCCUGGGCAGCUCCAACAGGGGCAGCAGGGUCCCCAACAAGGCCAAGGUGGUCCCCCCCAGCCCCAGUCCUCCCAUGCCAUUCUCCAGCAGGCCCUCCACCAGAGACUCCUCCAGCAGCAGCACCUAGGAGGGGGCUCGCCUGCCCAGCACGGCAGUCCUAUGAGCCCCCAGCAGCAGAUGGCCCAGUCCCCACACCCCCACCUCCAGGGCCAGGCUCUGGGCGGUCAAUCUCUCAGCAACCAGGUGCGUUCUCCUCAGCCUUCCCCUCGGCCACAGUCCCAGCCGCCCCACUCCAGCCCCUCGCCACGCAUGCAGCCCCAGCCCUCCCCUCACCGCAUCUCCCCCCAGACAGGCUCUCCGCACCCGGGUCACCUCUCCCAGCACCACCCUGGCAUGGUGGCCUCCCAAAACCCACAACAAUUGUCACAGCAACAACAACAGACUAACUCUGGGGACCCGGGUACAUUUGGUUCGGACCCAAGUGCUAUGAUGUCCCAGAUAAGUGGGAUGGGGGGCUUGCAUGGCCCAGGGCAGUCGGACAUGUUGGGUAAUAACAACCAGGACCUGGGGACGAACAUUAACCACAACAGUUUAGACAUUAUGUAACCUACUACUAGGUCUGUCUCAGUGGUCUGAAGAACUGCCUUCAUGGGUCUUGCUGGGAUUGAAUGGAAGGGGGAUGGCAGUUUUAAAAGUUAUUUUUAUUUAAUAUUUUUCUGAUGUAUAAAUGAAAAGAACUUAACUUCCUAUGGGAGAUGCAACAUUUUAAACCUACAAGUCAAUAAAUGAAUAAAUUAAACGAAUGGUAAGUUAUUGCUGUUUAUGUUAUAUAUAUAUAUAUAUAUAUAACAUUUUUGCCAAUUGUGUACAUAAGGUGUAAGGGGUUUCUGGACGUGAGAGUUCUUCCUUAGUAUAUGACACAAGUAAUAUUUUUGGGGACUGAAUUUUUUUGCUUUUUAUUUUUUACAAGUAUUUUUAAGAAUUUCAAUGUGGUGGAAAAUUACAGUGAGUUAAUACAAUGGACCUUUUUAUCGUUCUGUUUUCCUUCAUAAAACCAGUCAUGAUUGUAUCUGUUUUGCAGAAGUAUUUAAAAAAAUAUAUAUAUUAUAAUGAUCAAUAUUUUCGCUGUAUCUACAAACAAACAUCACAACAUAUCUUCCUGCCUUUUUUUGGGGGGGGACGGGACUUUUUUUUCUGUAAAUGUACCUUAUGACUGCUACAUUUCACAGAAUAUAUUUUUGAAAAUGACUGUCCAAAAACCGAGAGGAUUGAGAAAGGUGAGUUUUUUUUUUUUUGUGUGACUUUUUUCUGGUUUUGUAAUGGGGUUAGAGGUCCUAGUUAAACAGUGUUGUGGGGAGGGUGUUGAACACUGGCUGAUCUCCCUCUUGGACUGUCUCAGGUCGGAAGCUUCCAGUUUUGACGCCCAGAUCUUCUACGCGAGCACCUCUUCCCCCGUGUCUCCCAACUUUUUUAUUUUUUCACGAAUGUGCACUCCCCUUUUACCCCCACACUUACUACAGAAUGAUGGAUGGACUUACUGAGGAUGUUGCCUGUUGCCAGCUGAUUCUGAUAGAUUGAUGCGUGUGUACAUACAUACAUACAUACAUACCCUCAUGAAAUGAAACACAGGGGAAUGGGGGAUAUGGUAGUGGGGAAUGUGUAGUGGGGUUUGCUAGCUAUAAACUCGCCUCUUGCAUUUCAAAAAAUAUGUUUUCUUGUCAACAAUGUUGCCCUUUCCCGCCUCUCUUCCUAGUCAUAUCCCCCUUGUCGUCUUUUGGCCUGCACCAUUGGGUGUAAUCUAAUAUUACUGUACAAAGAACUGGACUUUAAUGAAAUGCUGUUUUUGUAAUAAAAUGAGCAGCAUAAACUUAGUGUACAGACUUUAACAUAGGAUGAGCAGAGACUCUUUCAAUUAUAGAUUUUCUCCUUUUGAUUUGGUUUCCUAGCAACUCGGGUUCCUCCCAAAUUGAAAGUAUUGAGGUUUCUGUAAGGUACAGUAUGGGGUGUAGGUCAUAUGAGCACCAAUGCGCCUUUGUAUUUUUGACAAACUGGGGUUAUUCUAACAAAUCACAUCUUGUUUGCUGUGAGCACCAACGCAUUCACAUGCGCAACACAAUACCGGGGAGAAGGCUUAUUAGUGUGGUCAGAAAAUGAAUUGGUCAUUAAAGAUUUCACAAGUUCACUUAUUUUUCUCUAUAGGUUGGGAUUUGGGGGGAGGGGAAAAAGUGGCAAUAUCUUGAGACUUAUUUUAUAUAAAAAGACAGUCUUUUAUAUAUAGAUAUAUUAUUUAAUUUCUUUUAUAUAUAUAAAACUUGAAGCUACAGGAAUUAGAUGAAACUUUUUUUGUAUUAAAGAUGUGAUGCAAAAUGACACUGCGGUCAUUGAUACUGCGGGUUUGAGUAUAUCAUGCCAUUUUGAAGAGAUGUACAUGCAUAUAAAUGUAUACAUACUGAAUCACUGUAGAAACCAUGGCAACUGAACUUUUGUUUUGUUUGUUUCUCUUCCUAAAGAGACUGGAAAUAAGACUAUUAAUAUUUGUUUAGUGUUCAAAUGGAAUCUUUGACCACUUUUCUCUUUACAUAUUUUGGUGCUUGUGCUAAAAGGAAGCAAAAAAGAACCGUUGCUCCAUUUUUCUUUAGUUUCAAAUUUAAGUUAUUUUGGUGGUCUGAAUUGUUUGUUUUUUUUGCAAAUAAUUUAAUUGUACAAUAAAGUAUGUUUGUACCAUUGGAAAAA